UCAAGUGUUUAUGGCAGACCAGUAUUAUUUAUGUUAUAAAAGGAAACACAUUGGCGGAGGUGUCAUUAUGCCACAAAUGAAUGAACAUAUUUCAAAUAUGAAGAAGGAUUUGUGUACUUAUAUAAUGAUUAUCUUUAUAAUUACACUAAGUGUUCUAUAACAUGGAUAUAGUUUUGUAACCUAUGCAUACACAACAAACCUCAGGACGGCUGUGUAGGGGGCGGAUUUCCCCAAAAAACAGACGGAUUACGAGGAUGUGACCUGGCCUUAUCUUUGUGCAAUUUCCAUUUGAUAUUUCGCUUGAAUGCAUACGUAUAGACAAUGAAACUGAUUUAGUACUACAGCAUCUUUGGCUAUUAGACAACACGGAUUUAUAAAAACAUGGCCUGCUUACCUUUCAUCUGCGACCCUAAAGUUAAGCGUGGGUUGAUGCCAAUAGGAGUCAAUAUUCUCCUCGUUUCUGUGCUGUUGUUCAGGCUGAUCUCGUCAGGAUGUGCCGUGUACGCCCUGGUGAUGCUACAUACCGACGCGGUCCUCCAGACGGUCCACACAUCCUUUGUUGACACACUGUAUGUGUUCGGGAGAAUUCCACUGGGAUAUAUGCUGGUCGUUAUAACGUAUUCCUGCGCAUGCGCAAUGAUGCCAGUACAGGUGAUCAACAGUGUGAUGGGCCUAGCAGGAGUGUUGUUUACCAAAAGAAGUAUUGUGUAUGCACACAUCUGUAUGUCCUUCUUCACGAUCCCUGUCAUGAUGGUAUACGCCGUACUAUUGGCUGGAGGUCUACGAGACUUCUAUUAUGGAAUCGACGACAAAUUCAGAAACGAAAUAAAUACUGGCACCCAUGCAGAUGACAUCAAAACAAAGUUAUCCUGCUGCGGAUUUUCAGGCGAGGACCCCUGUAUGAACUUCUACCUGUACUAUCCAUAUAAAAAAAUACCGGGGUGCUGGGACCUCUGGUCUAGUCCAUUCCACAACUUUUUGAGUACGAUGUUGGCGUUUGUCAUCAGCAUGCUUAUUCUAGAGGUACUGAACUUGGUCGUAACGGACUACGAAUAUAGAAAGUGGAGACUAAACGAAGAACCGGAAAGACCCGAAAAUACUGGCGUUCUACCAUACAUCUCCCGAGAUGCGUUUGGUGACAUUUGCGUCUCCAUAGUUCUCUAUUGGAGAAAAGGAGCGUUGUCGUUUGUCAUGCGAUCUUUGGCACUGUGCCAAGGUUGUGUUGGAGUGAGCCUGGUUAUCUAUGGAGGUUACAGCAUCAAAGAGUACCCCUCAUUUGUGUCAGAAUUUUCAAUUUCACGACUCAGGUUCAACAACAUAUAUUUCGAUGACUUAAUCAGAAUACUUUCUUCACUGCUGGUGUUGUGCGGGGGUGUAUCGCUUUUCACCUCUCUCCAGGGUGUCUCGGUUACCUGCGUGACGUCACGAGCGGCUUAUUAUGUGUCUGCACUUGUCAACAUAUUAGGCGUGGUGAUGACUGUGACAGUAAUCAUCUUCUGGGCCGUGUUUUACGCAAAGGUGAGAUAUGGUAUGGAACAAGAAGUGGAGGACUUAUUUUCCAUAUCACUGCGCUACGAUCCUUACCUGCAGUACGCUCUUGAUCUGGUCCAGACACUGAAAUGCUGUGGAAUAACAGGACAACAAGACUUCAUGAAUUUGGUCCCAUCGGGGACCUGGAACAGAAUUUCCCCACAUUGCAGUAAUUUUAGGCCUUGCGCUCCGGUUCUUCAGGAUCAUUUCAGGACAUUUUCGGGCGUAGGUCUGUCUCUGGUUUCUUUUUUGCUCCUUUUACAGAUGGUAUCCUUUAUAUGUGCCAACAAGAAGAUGGGGGAAUUAUCCACUGGAACAUCUGUGUCAGAAUCUGAAAGAACAAGACCUACUGCAGAACAUGAACCAAUUAUUCCUGCCGCUGAACAUGAACCAACUAGUCCUGCCGCUGAACAUGAACCAAUAAGUGUUAUCUCAGAACCCAUGCAAACUACUCCGGCCGUUCGUAAGGGUGUCAUUGGAAUUCUCAAAAGGAGAGUUACUCAGUUAUGGGCAGAUGAUAAAGCCAAUGGUGUAGGCAUCGUUCUUAAAUUCGUCACAUUGCUUUGCGGACUGUCUCUGGUUGUGACUGGCCUGCUGUUGAAGUUCGAUGAUAUAUUUGAUGACAUAGACCUUCAUACUUUAUUCUACAAGCUCGGCUUUAACAAUCGCCGGUUUACCUACUACUUAGUGGCCGUAGCGUAUUGCAUGCUGGGACUUGGCAUUUCGGAGAUGGCCAUAGUCUUUUAUGGACUCCUUAUCUAUUGCUGGAACUCUAAAUUCCUUGAAUACAUAUUGAUUGUGCUGCGAGGCAGUUUUUGUGCUGUGUUGAUAGUGAUAAUCGGGCUGAGUAUUGAGUCUAAAAGCAAUAUCGAUUGGACGAUGUAUGACCAGCUCAUCACAGAGUUCAAAACCUAUCAGAAUUAUUAUUAUGGAAAUCCUGGUAUAACUUGGAAUUUACUCUUCUUUAAGAUGGAAUGCUGUGGUGUCGGCAACUACGGGGAUUUCAACACCAUAACCAUGACAAACAGCAGGCAAAUACCCAUCUACUGCUGCAAAAAUGUAACAGAAUGGAGACCGGAUCUGGAUUCAGGGAUGGAGUCUUGUACUGACAGCCUUGUUGCUGACACUUUCCACGAAACGGGUUGCAACGACGCGCUCCUGGACAGAUUCGGGGGUUACAUGAUAACGUUUUUCAACCUUCUUUCUUUCCUGGUAAUAUUUCAGGUAUUUGAAAUUGUGUUGAGUGCACGCCGUAUACGCAUGCUCAAACCUGGUGACGCCAUUGAUAAAGAAAUCGGAAUCCUUAUGAAAUUGGUGAAAGUAAAAUUUUGUAAAAAAGGACCGUUGACGUUUGUCAUGCAAUCUUUGGCACUGUGCCAAGGUUGUGUUGGAGUUAGCCUGGUUAUCUAUGGAGGUUACAGCAUCAAAGAGUACCCCUCAUUUGUGUCAGAAUUUUCAAUUUCACGACUCAGGUUCGAUAACAUAUAUUUCGAUGACUUAAUCAGAAUACUUGCCUCUCUGCUGGUGUUUUGCGGGGGUAUAUCGCUCUUCACCUCUAUCCAAAGUGUCUCGGCUACCUGCGUGACGUCACGAGCGGCUUAUUACGUGUCUGCACUUAUCAACAUAUUAGGCGUGGUGAUGACUGUGACAGUAAUCAUCUUCUGGGCCGUGUUUUACGCAAAGGUGAGAUAUGAUAUGGAACAAGAAGUGGAGGACUUAUUUUCCACAUCACUGCGCUACGAUCCUUACUUGCAGUACGCUCUUGAUCUGGUCCAGACACUGCAAUGCUGUGGAAUAACAGGACAACAAGACUUCAUGAAUUUGGUCCCAGCGGGGACCUGGAACAGAAUUUCUCCAUAUUGUAGUAAUUUUAGGGCUUGCGCUCCGGUUCUUCAAGAUCAUUUCAGAACAUUUUCGGGCGUAGGUCUGGCUCUGGUUUCUGUUUUGCUCCUUUUACAGGUAGUAGCCUUUAUGUAUGCCAACAAGAGGAUAGGGGAAUUAACCACAGGAACAUCUGUGGCAGAAUCCGAACCAAUUAUUCCUGCCGAAGAACAUGAACCAACUAGUCCUGCCGCUGAACAUGAACCAAUUAGUGUUAUCUCAGAACCCAUGCAAACUACUCCGGCCGUUCGUAAGGGUGUCAUUGGAAUUCUCAAAAGGAAAGUUACUCGAUUAUGGGCAGAUGAUAAAGCCAAUGGUGUAGGCAUCGUUCUUAAAUUCGUAUCAUUGCUUUUCGGACUGUCUCUGGUUGUGACUGGCCUGCUGUUGAAGUUCGAUGAUAUAUUUGAUGACAUAGACCUUCAUACUUUAUUCUACAAGCUCGGCUUUAACAAUCGCCGGUUUACCUACUACUUAGUGGCCGUAGCGUAUUGCAUGCUGGGACUUGGCAUUUCGGAGAUGGCCAUUGUCUUUUAUGGACUCCUUAUCUAUUGCUGGAACUCUAAAUUCCUUGAAUACAUAUUGAUUGUGCUGCGAGGGAGUUUUUGUGCUGUGUUGAUAGUGAUAAUUGGACUGAGUAUUGAGUCGAAAAGCAAUAUCGAUUGGACGAUGUAUGACCAGCUCAUUACAGAGUUCAAAACAUAUCAGAGUUAUUCUUAUGAAAAUACUGGUUUAACUUGGAAGUUACUCUACUUUAAGAUGGAAUGCUGUGGUGUCGGCAACUACGGAGAUUUCAACAGCAUAACCAUGACAAACAGCAGGCAAAUACCAAUCUACUGCUGCAAAAAUGUAACAGAAUGGAGACCGGAUCUGGAUUCAGGGAUGGAGUCUUGUACUGACAGCCUUGUUUCUGGCACUUUCCACGAAACGGGUUGCAACGACGCGCUCCUGGACAGAUUCGGGGGUUACAUGAUUACGUUUUUCAACCUUCUUUCUUUCUUGGUAAUAUUUCAGGUAUUUGACAUUGCGUUGAGUGCACGACGUAUACGCAUGCUCAAACCAGGUAGCCCAAUUGAUAAAGAAUUCGGAAUCCUUUUGAAAUCUGUGACAGGAGAAGUUUGUAAUAAUAAAAUAACGGAUUCCAGUGAGGAAUUAGUGACAAGAGAACCUCAAUCUAACCAGCAACCCCAAACGGGUGAGGACAUGAAGAGAAACACAAUACUACCUUCUCUAGAUGUAGACGCUGCGCGAGGUCAACAACCCCCGCCGAACACGACCACGCUUCCAUCUGAGACAACGACUAAAGCGGAGAGCAGGGGACGGAGAAGUAAACGUCGAAGAGAUAAAAAGCGGCUGGCAAAAUCUACUCAUUCCGUGGAAGUACAUAGACUUGAAUCGGCUGAACAGGACGAGACAUUCGAACCUGUCACAUCGCAAGGUAACGAUUCAAUGAAGGUGGAACAGAACGAAGAUGACAAAGUAGCGACAGUAAGGCGCUUCGCUAGAAAUCCAUCAGCAAGGCCUCCAGCCGGGUCAGGUCGGAAGGGAAGACGCUCAGAAAAACAAGUCACUAUAGAAACAGAGAUUGAUAAUAAUCCAGCCAUUCUGGUAAGAAACGAAUCGGAAACGAAACCACAGACUAUGAAUGUUAACGCUUCUAGGAAGGAUGGCGAAAAGUAUAAAAAUGAUCGUCCAUACAGUAAUGGAGACCCGAUGCCUACCACAGCUCAGAGACCGAACAAUGAUUUACAGGGAAGCUUGAGUACAAUGCAUGCGGCCCCGAAUAUUAGUAAAAACACUAAUGUGGAAAUCGUUAGGUCCGCAGAAACAGUGCAUAAUGACAAUGCGUCUUCUGGUGAGAAAGCACGCGACAUGGAAACAAGAAAACGGGAGCAAGAGGAUGAAACAUUACUAAACACUGCCGAAUACAAUUUGGAUCAUAGUAGUACCAUGCUUGACAAAGAAAGUGACAAAUCGGAUGUGCAUCAACAGGAAAAUUCUAUUCUUGGAGAUAGUGGCGUAGAAGAGAAAUUUCCUAACGGGGUUACGUCAUACACUGCAGAAACGUCUGGCAGAAUAGAGAGAGAGACAGUGGUCUCAGACAGUAAAAAAGGUUGGACUGAGGAAUUAAGAGAGUCUGGGGUAUCAGGAAAAGAUAAAGACACAACUGAAAAUAUAAUGAAAUUUGAAAAGUUAGAUAAAGAAACCGAGAAUAAAGUGGAUUUUGGGAUCUCAGACGGACAUAUCGAGGAAGCUGUCAAUUCCGGGGCUGUAGACGGAUCUCCUGAGAAAGUUGUUAUUACUGAGAUUUCAGACGGACAAACUGACAAAGAAUAUAUUUCAGGGACAUCUGACAAACUUACUCAGUCUGAGGCACCAGGAACCGCUGGUAAAAUCAGUGACGCAAAAGAGGAGGAUGAGACGUUAAAUAAUAGUGAAAAGAAGGACAAUGAUUUCCCUUAUGUAUACGACGAUGAUUUCUCAGACGAGGACGAGGACGACAAUAACACUGGAGCUAUAGACUUGUUCACAAAGAUCGCCGGAGAUUAGAUCAAGCAGCAGUCUCCAUAUACUGCCACCGUUCGUACAGAGAAAAUUUGAAAUUAUAAAGGGGUUUGGCCAUUAAAUGAGGAAAAAGAAUAAAAUAAUUCAUAAGAAAACGAGAAAAGGGAGCAUUGAAAUAGUUUGACGGUUAGCGAGGUGGCAAAUGAAACAAGGCGCAUUAUAUCGAGGUUUUACUGCACUUCCUAUAAUCUGAAAUACAGGUCUUCUGAAAGUUUAGCGCCAAUAGUAUACGGGUGAUCUCAUUUUAAUUUUAGUGAAAUUCUAAAAUAAAUAAUUAACCUUUGCCGUUUUAAGAAUAGUAAUACUAAAAUACUGUUCACUUAUUAACCCCUAAAGAAUCAUUUAAGCUCUUCCAAUUCAAAGGUUGAAAUAGUCCAUUAUGAAAUUUCAGGGGUGAAUGAGUUUAUGUUGUUUUACCUUAGCUUUAGUAUAUUUCCAAGGUUAUCCUAUAUUAAUGUCUCUAAAAAAUGAAGUUAAACAAGAAAAUAUUUAAGCGGUGAUAAUAAUUAUUUUGUGGUGAUUAUAUUUUAGCAUUUAGAUUAGUUGAGGGAUUAAGUUAUUGGAAUUCAUCUAAAAUAACAGUAGAUAAAAAUAAACAUAUACGUAUAAAAACAGUUCGUUUAUGUACUUAUUUUCCUCUUAGCUGCGAUAUUUUACUAGCAGCCUUACUUUAAUGUCAUAUUAUCUUGUUUUUGCUGCAAAGUUUUCCUUACCUCCAAAUAUCAUGUACCUUUUAUUAAUAGUGUUUUGAAGGUGAUACUGUACACCGUAAACUUCUCGCCAUUUGACGGCAAAAUCCAUUUUCGUCCAAUGUUAAAUUGCUUUGCUCUCAUGAUAAAUUUACCCUCAUUACGGAGGGCGAAAGUUACAUUGCAGCGAAAAAUGUCGCGGUAUAUUCAGCAAUCUUUUAGCACUUUUUAAAAAGCUUGGUUUAGUUCAUGCAGUGUUUGUUUCUUUCGUGAAAAAAUAUAACUGAUGUGUUGGUGAUAAAUGUAAAUAUCAAAAUAACCGUCACAAAUACGAGUAAGCCUAUUCAAUUGAAAAUUAGAAGUCGAAGCAAACGAAAAAAAAACUUUUUUUUUAAAAUCGUAUGUCGGUCUUGUGUUUAUUUUUUUUUGAAUUGGGAUACGUUCACGCUGAUUACACUGUAUUUCCAUGGUAAAUUCACCAAAUAAAUUUCGACUGCGAAGAAAAUCAUUUUAUAGUAUCAGGAAAGUUUUAACAAAUGUCGAAUUAUAGGAGUCAUUCCAAAAGAAAGCGCUGACCAUUUAACUCUUUCCUGAUUAAUUAGCUUCGACACUUUAAAAAAAAGUUUUUACUUAUUAUUAAGAAGACUGUAAAUUUAAAGUGGUUUUUUUAUUUUAUUUUAAAGACAUCUAUUCAAUUAACACGUGCUCAACUGGAGUUGUCACCUCAUAACUUAACUAAAAUAGAAAGCCCUAAAUAAACUGCGAGCGCACUAAUGUCAAUGAACUGGUUUCUUUUAUUGAGAAAAUAAGAUUUGUUUCUGUUACAUAUUGUACAUGUAAUUCGAAAUCUCUACAAUAAUUUGUACACAUCCCAUGACGAAGUGUAAGGAAUUGCAUAACAGAUUUAUUUAAUUUUCCAUUUUUUUUGUUACUGCCGUUUUUUUUUUACUUUUCUUAUUCCGUCUCUGCGUAUUACAGUUAUCUUCUCUUGUGAGCAGGUAUUGAUUGUUAGUCAUUGGUUUGUGCGAGAAAAUUACGUCGUUU